AUGACGGGCGCCGUGGCUCCGCCGCUGUCGCAGGAGGCGGCGCUGGCGGUGCUGGUGCACCCGGACAAGAAUCCGCACCCCGAAGCUACCCGGGCCUUCCAACGCGUCGCGCAAGCCUGGGCUGUGCUGUCCAACCCGCAGAAACGACGGGACUACGAUCAGGAGCUCCAGGAAGGCGACGCCAGCGACGAGGUCCCGAUGAGUCCCGACGAGGCCUUCGCCGCCUUCGCCUUCGCGGCGGCAUGCGCCAGCGGCGGCGGCUUCGGAGACAUGGCGGAGAGCCUGUUUUGGGCCCAGCAACUGGGCCUAAAUCGUCCCAUGACCAGUUGCCCUGGCUUCAGCUGUGGCCCCACGGGUGAUGCGCUCCAAGCGACCACCCGGGGUCUGUGUCUGUCGAUGGGUCUUUUCUCAGCGGGGCUGGUGGUCAGUUUUCUGGGCUUGCCACGCAUUGGCUCCUUCGCACGACGCAUGGCGAUGGUGCAAGGAAUCAGUCAGGUGGUCAUCGCAUCACAGGUGCCGGCUGUGAGGUCGGCGUGCCACAAUGCUUCGGUGCAAGCGAAGGAAGCAGCAGGCAAUUUCGCCUCUCAGCACCCAGACUUUGCCAGCGUGGCUGCACGGCUACAGAUCGAAGGACAAGCUGUGUGUAGCAAGGUGGCCGCCCGCGGGAUCGAAGCAGCACAGAAUUUGAAGCAGAUCGUGGACGAUUUGGACUUCACCGUGGCGGCGGAGAAAGUGAAAGGCGCUGCAGCUGAGGGAGCUGCAGGGCUUCAGAAGGUCCGGGAAGUCUUUGAAGUGGAGGAUCGCUGGUCCAUGCGUUCCUGCUUAGGCUGGAAAGAGGACAGCGACGACGAAGACGACUGGUAUGCACAAAAUCUGCGGCUGCGCAAACAGCGCGACAGCUGGAAACCACGCGCCGGGAGUUGGGUUCGGCUUUCGAAUCUGCAACGAGCACGGCAUCUGGAAGGCAGUCUGGGGGAGGUCAUUGCCUUCAACCGCGACAGCGGUCGAUAUCUGGUGCAGCUGCUCCCCCCCCGGCGCCCUGCGCUGCCAACGUCGACGUCUGCGACGUCUGCGACGUCCCCGGCCAUGCCGGUCUUCCAGGGCGGUGAGCCCCUGCCGGAGCCCGUGCCGGAGCCCGUUGCGGAGCCGGUGUCCAAGUUGGUGCUGCUGCAAAAUCUGCGGCCUGCGGUGGAAAGAACCCUGAGACCUCCCUUGAAGGCGGGUCCCUUAGUGGUAGGUGUCUUUGACUCCAGCCUUAGAGCCAAGAAGCGCGAAAUCAAAAGGUUUCCAACGUUGGGGAUCGAAUGUAUCGCUGAGGUUCCAACCUCGGUUCAGCUGGACGCAGCUGCAGGCCGACUGAACGCGUACGCGAAGAGGAUGUGGCAAUGGCUUCUCCCCCUGGAAGCGCUGCUUUUUUUCGGCGGCAGUGCCUUGGAUUGCUCUGCAACAACGCCGCUGCAGCAGGUUGCGCCACAGGGGGGCACCGUGCAGCUUUUAGGUCUCUCCAUCCUCCACGAUGACGAGGACGAGUGGCUGGACCUGAGUCUGGCCUCACAAACCGGCUUCGUCACCUUCGGCGUGCUGAGCGAUUUACAGCUUCUUCCCACCUCGGAGCCUCAUAUCGUUGCAUUACGUGGCAGGGCGAGCGCGCUGCAAGCAGCGUUGGACUCAGUGAGCUAUAGCAGCUGCAUGGACUGCGGAGCACAGCUGGAUACAGUGACACUGAGGUGUGCUGGUGGCCUGACUCAAUCUGAAGCGCUUCUCCAAAUGGAGAUGGCGCUGGUGGCACCGCGCCUGCGCGCCACGUCGUUGUACCACUGGGCCACCUCCGACGCUUCCGCGCCGCAGCCGGUGCUGGUGAUCCGUGACGUGACGGUGGAACCGGAGCUGUCCAGCGCGGUGCUGACGCUGAACAUCACAGCCAGCAGUGGAACGGUUGCCGUUGAGCACGACUGGCAUGCCAGUGGCGCCAUCUUGAAAGGAACUGCCCGCGAACUGAACGGCUUGCUGAAGAAAAGUGGUAUCACUUUUAAGCCCGACCCUUCCGCCAUUACCUCCAGCCUGGUGACUCUCAGCAUCUGCCUGACGGAUGCUGACUUAGCACCGCUAGGCGACUGCAUCCUGAUGAACGUGCGCCACGUUGUCACUGCGCCUGCUGCCGCACCCAUCCCUGCGCCCACCCCACCGGCAGUGCCCGAAGAGGAGGUGGCUGCAGUGGAGGCUGGAUAUGAUUCCGAUGUGCUGCACGUGUGGAUGCAUGCCACCAACGACCUGCCGCAGCUGCAACGAUGCGAUGGCUCUCCGAGCGACACCAGGUGGUUUGCCAUUGAGGAAGAUGCCUGGGAGGCGCCAACCUGCAUUCUCUUGACAGACGAUGCGGACGAGAUGGGCGGAACUUUCUUGAACCUCCAGGUCUCUGUUUCUGUGGGCUUGUGGCUGGGCCCUGAUUGGAUCCAUUGUCAAGGCUCCAAGCAGCCUGGCCGUGCCGGCCUUUUUGGCACCACCUGCGCUGGUAUCUCCAGCGAACCCAAAUCCGCCCCGCAGCUUGGGAAGACCUGCGAGUUGCGCUCGGAAGUGGCGAUGCGACCCAGUUUGGAGGAAGUUCAAAGCUGCUUGCGGCAGCUGGUCUACACGCCGCCCUCGAACUUCAACGGUGAGGUGCAGAUGAGGAUCGUCGUGGCUGACAAUGGCUACACCAACUUCCUGCAGGGCAGCCAGGAGGACCCGAAGAUGGUCAUCCAAGACGUGACGAUCCAAGUGGAAGCGGUGAACGAUAUGCCCUACCUCUCGUGGCUUCACUUGCCACCCAAGGAGAUGUUGAACAACGAGUCCUUCCCCUUCCGCGGGCUUCGAGUUCAAGAUCCUGAUGUCGUGGGCUGGCGGGCCGAGAAUGAGGCGGUCUUCACCUUGACCUUUCAGACAGGUGCUGGUGAGUUGCUGUUCCCCUUGGGUGAGCCUUUGUGGCGGGAGCAGGUGCCUGCUCCGCCCUAUCCCAGUCGUUACCUUCGCUUGCAGGGGACCCUGCAGCAAAUCCAGGACUCCUUCCAACGCAUCUUGUACAAACCGCCCGAGUGGUUCGUGGGCGAGGACCAGGUGGUGGUCCGCGUAUCGGACGGCGGCGUGAGCGGCGGCGGCAACCUGACGGGCGAACUGGGCUUUGAAGUGAAGGUACUUCAAGCUCGAAUUCCAGUGGGUCUCACUGCAGAAGCAGAGGAGUUGAAAGGACAGGAGGACCACCCUUUGAGGUUUGGCCAUGAGGGGAAGCUCCGAAUUGCUUUUGCGGCUCAGAAACCCAUGCUGUACCUCAAGAUCUCAUCGCCGGAUGGUGCCCUGCGGCAGCCGCUGAUGAAUGCCUCCGUCCUGUACGUCUCGCCGCAUUUGAUCGAAGCAACAGGCUCAGUGGCGGUCUUGCAGACUUUCCUGGAGGACGUGGAGUUUCGUCAUCCCAAACAGGAUGCGGAACUGGCAGUGCCAGCGGAUGACACCUGUACUUCCAAGUCUCUGACUGUUCACGUUGAAGCCGUUGACGACACCCCAGUGAUCUUCUCGGUGGACCAUCCCUGGGCCCUGCCGCUCCUGGUCCAACAGGACACGCCCAAGGCGCUCUGCUGCUUUCGGGUGCAGGAUCUGGACCUCCGUAGCGCGCCACAGAUUGAUGCAGCAUGGCCCUUCACGAUGCGCGUGAUGGCCAAAUAUGGGAAUAUCAGCAGCUGCUUCAGGGAUUUCAGCGACAUUUUCGGCAUGGUCAUGUCCAGUAGCGCCAUCCUCACGCAGAGCGAGCGCAAUUUGGUCACCUUCCAGGGCUACGCAGAGGAUGUCGAAGCCACGUUGGACACCUUGGUCUACACGCCUCCACGGAACAUGAGUCACCUACACGGCCUGGACCACCUGUGCCUCUUCUUGCAGGACGUGCCCAACGCCCAACGCCCGGGCGAGGCGCAGAUGCGACGCUACACGGGCUGCUGGGAUAUCGACAUCCAACCCGUGGCUGCGCCGGAGAUUGUCCCACAGGAGCCAGACCGCUUUCCAGAGCCUGCGGAGUUGUCGUGCCGAUUUCAGAGCUUCAACGAGCAGAAUGACUCGGAAGAAAAUGGCACCACCUGCGAAAGAUAUAUCGAGUUGUAUCCCUACGAUGUGACACUCGUCCCCGAUGCCGACAACGAAUCCAACGAGUCCAACGACACGUUGGAGGACGCCCCCUGCGCCAACUGCAGCGCCUUGCCGCCGCUGCCGACGUCGCCGCUGCCGGAGGAUCUGCCGGAGGUGUCGGAGCUGCCGGACUUCGACGACCGGCUGCCGCAGUUCUACAAGCAGUCCACCUUUGGAUCCAACGGGACGACGCCUGGAGGAAAGGAACGAUCCAAGGAUGUGGUUUUUGUCAUGUUUAGGAACACCACAAAUUUGUCGUUUCCAGAAAGCUUCGAAGAUGAUCCGCGCAACGUCAUUUUCGAGGCCCUGACGAAUGAGACCAACAGCACGGUGAACGUCUCCAACGAAACGGAGAUCGAAAUGCCCAACGCCAGCACUCUGCUGAUUCACAGCAUGGUGGGCUCAAGCAUUCAGGUGGCACAGGGGACAGACUUGCAACUGAAAGAUCUGCUGGCAGUCAGCGAAAGCUUGCCGGAACUCUGGACGGCCGCAGGUCUCAGCUCGUCCCCCAGUUACUUCCAGCUGCAUUUGACGUUGGCGCACGGCUUGAGUUUCAGCUCACCACUUCCGGUGCAGUGCAGUAGUGUGGCCAAACUCUCCCGGAGCGACCCGCUUCAGUCGGAAGACCCGAGAGAGUUGAAGCUGACGGCGUCGGCGACUGUGUUGCAGCAAUGUGUAGAAUCCUUGGCCGUACAUGUGCCUUGGGACACACCAGUGACAGCCAAAGCGGCCUCCACGGGUCCCAGUUUGAUGUCCACAGUGCCGAGAAAUGGCUCGGUGGAUGUCAGCACCUCCAACUUUCAGGUGUUGCUGACCUUCAACGACUGGGUUCAGGCGGGUGAAGGCAACUUUCAGAUCAUCGACUGCGGCGCGGACGACGUCUGCGGCCAAGCGGCAACCUUCGAUGACACCGCCGUGGAGAUUUCCGUCCAGGACACCUAUUCGGUGAGCUUCAACAAGAAUUUGGUGCUCAUCACAUAUCCGCAUCGCCUGGCUGGACUGCACCUGCACCAAUUUUUCAUCCCAGAAGGCGUCAUCCGCGACGUCUCCGGCACCAACUUCUCGGGCGUCGCAGCGGAGGACUUCACGGUGCGCACCGCGUUGACCGGAUCCUCGCCACUGGGCUGGCGCCUUGUGGCGUCCAACAUCAGCGCCGCAGGAGCAGAUGGUUGGCAUGUGUGCGAAGUGCAGUUCUAUCUCUCAACUGAUUGUACAACUGACCUCAUCCAGGGUAGCCCUGCUGGAAGCAGCGAGGCCAAUGAAAGCACCUUUGGGGAGAACAGCAACUACGAAGCGAAUUUGGGCUUUGAUGGCGACACAGCCACCUGUUGGUGGAGCAGCACCAACAAACCGGGCAGUUGGAUCGGUUUGCAUGUGAAGACGCCCCUCUACGCAAGGUCUGUCCAGAUCGUGGGCUCCAGCGGCAAGGUUAAUCCUGACCAAAUCAAUGUGCAAUUCUACGUGGAUGGCUUGUGGUACACCUUGCAGCAGCGCGGCCCAAAAAGGAGCUUCAGCUACAGCGAGCAGUGUGUGGAGUUGACCAGCGACUUUUCGACGAUUUUUGGCAACGAAUAUGACACCAUUGCCCCAGUGAUCCUGAGUAGCAUCCCGGACGCUGCAGCCACCUUGGCGGUCAGCGACACUCAGCGCAUCGCCUUGUACUUCAGCGAGCUCAUCGUAGUGAUGUCGGGGAGUCAGAUGUCCCUGGUGGACGCCGGCGACGACACCUUGUGCGGCACCGCGGACGACGGCGCAAUUCUGCAGAUCCCGGCAGAGCUGCCGUCGCAGUACGUGCGCAACGGCACGGACCCCUGGAUCUACGUCACGGGCAGCAUGAUCCUCAUCCGGUACCCCUAUCAGAACAUGCAGCCGGGGAACUACCACUGCCUUCAAGUGGAGCCCGGGGUCAUCACCGAUUUGGCUGGAACGCCCUUCCCGGGUCUCAGAGGCGAUGCCUUCCGCUUCCCCGUGGCGCUGACCACGGCCCAAGACGCCACGGCGCCGGUGUUUCUGGCGACGGAUCCACCCACGGGCUCCAGCAUCGAGGGAUUGCAGCUGAUCACCUUCAAGAUCUUCAUGAGCGAAGCGGUGGUUCCCUGCGAUGCGACGCUGAUGACUCAAACGGCUCAGACGCCCGGGAAUCACGAGCUCUACUUGAUCUCCGUUUUCGCCAAUGGAACCGAAAAUCCAGCAGGUGAUCGCCUGACGAUCACCUUCACGGCGGAUCCAGAUGUCUUUAUGCCGCAUACUUUCAGCAUCAGUGACUCCAUCAUCACGGUGAGCCUGAACCGAAGCUUGAAUAUCGGAGAGUCCUACUCACUCGAAAUUCCUGAGAACAGCUUGGUGGACUUGUCCACCACCACCAUCUUCGACAUCACCGGGGCUCCGGUGCAAAUUCCGCGAAACUUUGCCGGGCUGCCACUGGGGGAGGUGAUCUUCCACAUCACCGAGCCGGUCUUGGAGCGGAACCCCUACGUCAAAUCCACGGUGCCCGUCUGGGCGGAAGCGACGGAGGAGAUGGAGAGGCCCCAGGAGGAGCCGAGGAUUCCCUACAAGGCGGAUCUCUGUUAUAUCACCACCUGCCACUCCGAUUCCAAUGCUUCAAACAGCAGUGACAACAGCAGCAAUGCCAGUUGCGGGAACGACUCCAACGACAGCACCACGCUGCUCAGCGUCUGUGGCUUAACGCCACAGAGCGGCGAGGGCUUCCUGGCGGUGCAACGGCAGCAGCGCUGGCUGCAGGACUUCCACUGGCUGCGGGUCACGGCCGAGAACGGCACGGAACUGGAGGUCGAACUGGAAGUGGUGUCCGUGAACUCCCCUGCCUUGAUCAAGGCCCGAAGUCAAACGAGACCUGCUGAAAUACGACGCGGGAGGAUCUACGUCCAUUCGGGUGUGGCCACUCUGUUGGUGGCAGAGGAUGGGGGACCUCCUUUGACCCUGGAGGCGCGCGGGACUGUGCAACGACCGUCGCCAGACGUGAACAGCGACGACCCAGAUGUGGCUGCUUAG